GUCGCACUGGCAUGCUCUUCUGGUCCUACUCCUUAGUCCUUAACGGUCUCUCUCGAGCCAGUGAACCAGUGGGUUAGUACUUAUAGUAGCUGACUAGCUGUGUACUGAAUUCGGAAAGCGAGGUUGCAAAAAAUGAGCGCGCUAUCUCUUCCGCUAUGCUGCCGCCAUGGAUUCUCCUUCUCCGCCGGCAAGGCCAUCAAUUUAGCCUCCCCAGUUUCCUCACGCCGGAAACAACUGAAUCCAAAUCGGCGCCUUCCAGCAUUCUCUACCGAGACACGGAGGUCGGCUACCUCACCGGCGCUCGUCUCAACUCGGAAACCACCACCCAUUACCCGCACAUUGCUCUGCCACUCCACUCCCCGGCGAAAAUCCGGCGCCGUACCUGCCGCUGAGAAGGUGGUCGGCGACGGUAGUUCCAAAGCCGUCCAAGUAGCGCUGUGGGUUCUCGAAGGGGUUUACAUUGUGUGGCUGUUUCUACUUCCUUAUGCCCCCGGUGAUCCCGUGUGGGCUAUUAGUUCAGAGACAGUGAAUUCACUGAUUGGCCUUUCCCUGAAUUUCUUCUUCAUCUUGCCCUUCCUCAAUUCUGUCGGUAUACAUGUAAUAGAAGCCCCCGUUAUCCACCCUAUGGCUGAAGGGCUAUUCAACUUUGUGAUCGGGUGGACUUUCAUGUUUGCUCCGUUACUGUUUACGGAUAACAAAAGGAAUCGAUAUCCAUGGUCUCUAGAUGUUCUAUGGGGAUGCCAGAUGUUCCUCACAAACACAUUUCUGAUACCGUAUAUGGCAAUCCGAAUGAACGAGGGAGACGCAGACGCUGCUCCGAGUAAGCAGUCGCAGCUAGGCAAUGUAAUGACACAAGGUGCACCCGUAGUUGGAGUGAUUGGAGCUGCUGCUUGUCUGGUAUCUGCAAUAUGGGCUGUUUUCGGGCGAGGGGACAGUGGGGAUUUCGGGGGGAUAACAGAACGAUUGGAAUUCUUGGUUAGUUAUCUUGGAUCAGAGAGGCUGGCAUAUGCAUUCAUCUGGGAUAUUUGCCUGUACAUCGUCUUCCAGCCUUGGUUGAUUGGUGAAAAUCUGCAGAAUGUGGAAGAAAGCAAAGUUGAUGUUGUGAAAUACCUUAGAUUUGUGCCAGUGGUCGGGUUGGUGGCCUAUAUGCUCUUCUUGGACGCUGAAAAGGAUGAGCAACUCUAGCUUUAAAACAAGUGGCUGUUUCUGGACUUCAAUUGAAUACUGCUCCAAAUCGAUCUUACUCUUAUGUUUGUAAAGCCCUGCAAUGUGUUUCAGUUUUCUGCCGAUAUAUGUGUAAUGACAUAGCCUGAUGGUUCUCAAUAAAACACACUUCCUUCACUUAUCUGUUGUUCCUUUUAACAAAAGAAGUAGAGCUCUCUUGUUUCUGUAAAUACACCUCACAUGACGGCAAUCAAGACGAUACCCAUCAAUUUACAAAUGAACUGACAAAACACACCCCAUAUACAACUGGAGAACAUCAAUCUGUUAGCUGCUUAGAGUCUGGCCCCUGUGCUCCUUUCUCCGUCCAAGAGUCUCGAAGUUUUUACUAUGCGAACUUAAGCUGGUUCCAAUCAAGCAGUGAAGCACGCUUUUAAGACGCAACAAUUGAUGCGGUGGCAUGGCCAUCAUCCUCCCAAUAUGUAGUGUAAGAAUAAAUGGUGUACACUGUA